CGGGCCGCGCGCGAGCACAGCGGUGGGAGGCGGCGGCGAGUUGCUGAGUGCAGGGUGCUGGCCGUGACCUCCUGGCUUCGGGCGGACGUCAGCCCAGCUUCGUCCUUGCCUCGACCUCUCUCCGGUCUGUUGUGAGCCUCCGCUCGGCCCCGGCCUCGAGGGCCGACCGCUCCGCACCCCCUCGGCCUGCCGGGCCUCAGGCCGCGCCCUGCCCCCGCCAUCGGGCCGAACUCGCCGCGUCGGACCCCGCCGCUUGCCACAGGUUGAGGCCCCAGGCCUGGCCUCACCACGAUGUGGCACGAGGCUCGGAAGCAUGAGCGGAAGCUUCGAGGUAUGAUGGUCGACUACAAAAAGAGGGCAGAGCGGCGGCGGGAGUACUAUGAAAAGAUCAAGAAGGACCCAGCCCAGUUCCUGCAGGUGCAUGGUCGAGCUUGCAAGGUGCACCUGGAUUCUGCAGUUGCCCUGGCCGCCGAGAGCCCCGUUAACAUGAUGCCCUGGCAGGGGGACACCAACAACAUGAUUGACCGCUUCGACGUCCGCGCCCACCUGGACCACAUCCCUGAUUACACUCCGCCUCUGCUCACCACCAUCUCCCCAGAACAGGAGUCGGACGAGCGGAAAUGUAACUACGAGCGCUACCGAGGCCUGGUGCAGAACGACUUUGCUGGCAUCUCAGAGGAGCAGUGCCUGUACCAGAUCUACAUUGACGAGUUAUACGGAGGCCUCCAGAGACCCAGUGAGGAUGAGAAGAAGAAGCUGGCAGAGAAGAAGGCUUCCAUUGGCUACACCUAUGAGGACAGCACGGUGGCCGAGGUGGAGAAGGCGGCAGAGAAGCCGGAGGAGGAGGAGUCACCGGCCGAGGAGGAGAGCAACUCGGACGAAGAUGAGGUCAUCCCCGACAUCGACGUGGAGGUGGACGUGGACGAACUGAACCAGGAGCAGGUGGCAGAUCUCAACAAACAGGCCACGACCUAUGGCAUGGCCGAUGGCGAUUUCGUCAGGAUGCUCCGCAAAGACAAGGAGGAGGCAGAGGCCAUCAGACACGCCAAGGCCCUCGAGGAGGAGAAGGCCAUGUACUCGGGCCGUCGCUCCCGGCGCCAGCGGAGGGAGUUCCGGGAGAAGCGGCUAAGGGGCCGCAAGAUCAGCCCACCCAGCUACGCCCGCCGAGACAGCCCCACCUAUGACCCCUAUAAGCGGUCGCCCUCGGAAUCCAGCUCCGAAUCCCGCUCCCGCUCCCGCUCCCCGACCCCAGGCCGCGAGGAGAAGAUCACAUUCAUCACCAGUUUUGGGGGCAGUGAUGAGGAGGCAGCCGCAGCCGCAGCUGCAGCAGCUGCGUCAGGGGCCGCCACAGGGAAGCCCCCCGCGCCCCCCCAGCCAGGCGGCCCCGCACCGGGACGCAAUGCCAGCGCCCGCCGCCGCUCCUCCACCUCCUCCUCCUCCUCUUCCGCCUCGAGGACCUCCAGCUCCCGCUCCCGCUCCAGCUCCAGCUCCCGCUCCCGCCGCGGCGGGGGCUACUACCGCUCUGGCCGCCAUGCGCGCUCCCGCUCCCGGUCCUGGUCGCGCUCCCGCUCCCGUUCUCGGCGCUACUCGAGAUCCCGGAGCCGCGGCCGGCGGCACUCAGGUGGGGGCUCCCGAGACGGACACCGCUACUCCCGUUCGCCUGCCCGGCGCGGCGGUUACGGGCCCCGGCGCAGAAGCAGGAGCCGCUCCCGCUCAGGGGACCGGUACAGGCGGGGCGGCCGGGGUCCCCGGCACCACAGCAGUAGCCACAGCCGCAGCAGCUGGUCCCUCAGCCCGUCCCGAAGUCGCAGCCUGACUCGCAGCCGCAGCCCCAGCCAGAGCCGCAGCCCCAGCCAGAGCCGCAGCCCCAGCCAGAGCCGCAGCCGCAGCCACUCGCCGUCGCCCCCAAGGGAGAAGCUGGGCAGGCCGGCAGCGUCCCCCGCCGUGGGCGAGAAGCUGAGAAAGACCGAACCUGCCGCUGGUAAAGAGACAGGAGCUGCCAAACCCAAGCUGACGCCACAGGAGAAGCUGAAGCUGAGGAUGCAGAAGGCACUGAACAGGCAGUUCAAGGCGGAUAAGAAGGCAGCUCAGGAGAAGAUGAUCCAGCAGGAGCACGAGCGCCAGGAGCGGGAAGACGAGCUUCGAGCCAUGGCCCGCAAGAUCCGUAUGAAGGAACGGGAACGCCGAGAGAAGGAGAGAGAAGAAUGGGAACGCCAGUACAGCCGGCAGAGCCGCUCGCCCUCCCCCCGUUACAGUCGAGAAUACAGCUCUUCCCGAAGGCGCUCAAGGUCCAGAUCCCGAAGCCCCCAUUACCGACAUUAGGCAGAAGCGUGGGGGGGCAGAGGGAUGAGGGGGUGGGGCGAGGGCUCAAGCUGUGAUGCUGCUGGUUUUAUCUCUAAUGAAAUAAAAAUCACACAUUAUUUAA